GUUGUCGAGGACUGGAAGUACGUGGCCAUGGUGGUCGACCGGCUGUUCCUGUGGGUCUUCGUGUUCGUGUGCGUCCUGGGCACCGUGGGGCUCUUCCUGCCUCCCCUCUUCCAGACCCACUCGCCCUCCGAGGGUGCCUAGGCCACCCGGCUGUCCACAGGCCCCUGGGGGAGUGAGCUGAGCACGGACAGGCGGGCAGGUGGCCGCCUGCUCCUGGGUCAUGGCUCAUGAGGCCCUCAGUGCGUACGUGACUGCCAGCCACUCAGGACGGGCGUGGAGCGGGCACCUGCGCUGCCCCCUUGCAGUGCCUUGCAGGAAACCCCAGCAGGAGGCGCCGGCUGUCUUCUUGUACCUGCAGCGGGAAGAAGGACAUGGCCGCCGGCACCACCGUCGCCGCCCACCUCUCCAGCCCUGGCCUCCCACUGGGUUCUCCGCACCCUUAGUCCCUUGCCCUCUGAGGUCUUUCCUGGCUCAGAGCCCUUGCACCUGCUGUAACCUCUAACCGGGCUCUUCCUCAUGCCUCCAAAGCUCUUUCCAGGUCUGUUCUCCCAUGACACCUCCUCCGAGCAGCCCCCCAGAGCAGGGGAAACAUUUCCAACCCCCUCCCUGCCUGCAGCUCUCGUUCAGCGGCUCAUUGGUCACCCACAUCUCACGCCGUGGAGUGCAAGCUCCAUGACAGCAGGGCCUGGGACACAGCUCGGCACGUGGCAGGUGCCCAAUAAAUUAUUCAUUGAAUG